UGAAAUGUGAUUGCCGAUGAUGAGGCAGUGACAAAAACAAAAAGCUUUUGUACAGUCGGGAAGGGUGAUAGCUAAGAGAGAGAGUUCUGUAACGCAAUAAUAAAAGGCGAUCUGAGAAGAAGAUAGAAGAGGAGAAUUGUUGUCUCGUUUUACCACCAAUUCAUCGCUCUCUGUCUUACUUCAUUAAUUUUAGGGUUAGGGUUUUUAAUAUACCUUUCUUCUCUGGUGGAUUGUAUUGCUGAGAAGUAAUUUUAUUUUAUUUUUGGAAGAAAAUGAGUGUGGAUCCGGUUUCAACCAACACUCAUGGCAACAUCGAUGAGCAGAUUUCACAGCUUAUGCAGUGCAAGCCCUUACCCGAACAAGAGGUCAGGACAUUGUGUGAGAAGGCUAAAGAGAUAUUAAUGGAAGAAAGCAAUGUACAGCCUGUUAAAAGUCCAGUGACGAUAUGCGGCGACAUCCAUGGGCAAUUUCAUGAUCUUGCAGAACUUUUUCGCAUCGGAGGAAAGUGUCCAGAUACCAAUUAUUUGUUUAUGGGAGACUAUGUGGAUCGUGGUUAUUAUUCAGUGGAAACAGUAACUCUGCUGGUCGCCCUGAAAGUGCGAUACCCGCAAAGAAUUACCAUUCUUAGAGGAAAUCAUGAAAGUCGCCAGAUAACACAAGUCUACGGGUUCUACGAUGAAUGUUUGCGAAAGUACGGCAAUGCGAACGUGUGGAAGACUUUUACGGACCUAUUUGACUAUUUUCCAUUGACAGCCUUGGUGGAAUCAGAAAUUUUUUGUUUGCAUGGUGGAUUGUCACCAUCUAUUGAGACCCUUGAUAACAUACGCAAUUUUGACCGUGUACAAGAAGUUCCUCAUGAAGGGCCCAUGUGUGAUCUCCUGUGGUCUGAUCCUGAUGAUCGAUGUGGCUGGGGUAUUUCUCCCCGUGGUGCUGGUUACACAUUUGGUCAGGACAUAUCUGAGCAAUUCAACCAUACAAACAACCUGAAGCUGAUUGCUAGAGCUCAUCAACUAGUAAUGGAGGGUUUCAACUGGGGACAUGAACAAAAAGUGGUAACAAUAUUUAGUGCUCCUAAUUAUUGCUAUCGCUGUGGAAACAUGGCAUCGAUCUUGGAAGUUGAUGAUUGCAGGGGCCACACUUUUAUCCAAUUUGAGCCCGCUCCAAGGAGAGGGGAGCCAGAUGUGACACGGAGAACGCCUGAUUACUUCUUAUAACGUGACUUUUCAUUUUCGUACGAGUUGUUGCCAAUUUUCAAGCGGCAAUUGCUGGGUUGGUGGAUGACAACGAUGGGAUGGUUGCGAUCUGUUUCCUAGCAGAUGUUUUAUCGGAUGUAAGAUUCAUCAUGUCAACCUGCUGUGUUUAGUAGGCUGUUGGUAGUGAUCUUUGCAGGUUACAAAAGAAGAAGAAAAGCUUUUGAAAUGAGCCAGUGAAUACUACCAAAAUUUGGAUAGUUUUUUAGUCCUAGUGCUAGAUUCCCUUUAAAAAGGAGGCAGUAGUGCUGGCUACGCUGCAGGAGAGCUUGUAACUCAUCCAGCUAGACAUUUUUUUGUUUUUGCAUCUGGUUCUCUCAUUUUCUCUUUUGUUCUUUUCAUUUGUAGAGUGGAGCAGACAAUAGUAUUUUCAAAGAGUGCCUUUCCAUCAUUUCCUAUACUUUUGGCUGUUUUGUUGUUCCACAAGUUUCUGUAAAACGCAACAGACCAAACUAUAAUUUCUAUAAUAUUUUUUUUAGUCUUUUUGUUUUCUC